CUGUGUCCGUCAAUGUGGUGAAUAUUUCUGCCUCCUGCCUUCUCCGUGUCACAUUCCAGCUUCCAGGGCACAGCUUCUUCCUGACAUGGGUUAUAAAGAGAAGCAGAGCUCCAGUAUGCAUCCGCACACGGCGUUAUGAUCACCUUUUACCUCCAGUGACUUCUUUGAAUAAGCAAACAGACUCUCAGGAGAAUUUAACUUUUCCUUUUCUUCCUUCCUUCUUUGAGUUUUUUUUUUUUGCAUACAGACUCACUUACACAGAAAGCUAACGUACAAACAGUGGAAUACUCAAGUAAAAGAGUUUUAUGGCUUCAGCUCAGAUGUGUGUGCAUGGACAAGAGAGAGGACAGAAUACAUUGGUGUGAGAUCGCAAAUGUGGACCACAAUGCAUCGACGCACUCCAGUACCGCACUAUAAGUGAUCCAGAGAGUGUCUGUGGAUGAAAUGGUUACAGCUUUCCUCAAUGAAAGGCAAGCCGCUACGGAGGAGAUGGCUUUAGUAAGCAAUGCGCUGGCUGCUUACUCCUUCAUAGCAGAUCACCCGGAACGGGCGGCGCUGUAUUUCGUGUGUGGAGUGUGUUUGGGACUGGUCUUGACUCUCAUCGCGCUAGUGGUGCAGAUCUCCUGUCGAACCGACUGCAAAACGCAGCAGGCUGCCAAGAAGCCCGGCAAGACCGCAGAGAGCACCAGCGACACGAGCGACAGCGACUCGGACUGGGACAACAGCUCCGACCUGUCGGCGCGCCGCCACCGGCGCUUUGAACGGACGCUCGGUAACGUGUUCACCUCGGCGGAGGAGCUGGAGCGCGCGCAGAGACUAGAGGAGCGCGAGCGCAUCAUCCGGGAGAUCUGGAUGAAUGGACAGCCGGACAUGCCGGCCACGCGCAGCCUCAACCGCUACUAUUGAAGUCUUCGGGGGAACGUUAUACAAUAGCUAUUACAAAUAUUUGGGAUGCAGUAAGGGACUGAAAUAUGGGGAAAGCCAACACUCGCGGUACGUUUUGGAGCAUUUCCUCUGGUGGCACCGGCACUACAAGUGAAGCAAUCGUGAUUUUGAAGGUGCACUCGGUACAUUUUUAGUUUAUGUUGCGCUGAUGGUCGUUUUGCACUAAAGACACAUACUGACACCUGGUGGCGUGGAUGAAAAAGCAACGUUUUGGGGUGCGUUCAUGUAAAUUGGGACCCUUUUGCCAUUGAGAUUGAGUAAUUAACUCUAAUAAGUUCUUAUUAAGUGAUUGUUGACUUCUAACAUUUUUUUUUUAAAUCGCUGUUCAUUUCACUUUUUUGUGUAAAACUUUAACGAGGGAAAAUUACCGAGUGCACCUUUUAAUUGAGAAUUCACACUGACAUGCAAAACAGGAGGAAGAAAAAAUAACACGCUUGAGCUUUGGAUAUGCUUGACUUGAAAUACUGUAUUUUUGAGUUAGAAUGAAUUUCGACUGAAAUUAGGUUUGGCCACGUUGACGUUGGACGAUUCAGACACCUCGAGACGUCAUUCUUUAGUUGGCUAUCUUUUUUUUGUAUUAUUAUUUAAGCAAAAUGUCUUUCUGUUACAAACACUUUUAUUAUACUAAAGCUUUGUCGUGGAGCUCAGGGUUUUCAUGGCCUCCGUGAAGGAUUUUUCUUCAUUUGUCAUAGUUUGUCAGCUGACAAAACAAAAUGAUGGUCUGUGCCUUCAUUUUAUAAAAAAAUUCACUGUAAAACUGAAAAGAUACUGGAAAUCCUAUAGAUGCUUUUUCCUAAAGGGCCAGUGCGGCUUUUCAUUCUUACAGUGUAUGCCUUCUUCAAGCAAGUAUUAAUUAUGCAUGAAAGACAAUCACCUCUGUUUGUACUAGAUUUUUCACAGGAUAGUUUCACAGGAUCAAUUUUCUACAAGGUGCUAUAGUGAAAGUCCAUCCGUGCGCGAGCACAGUUUAGUCCAACUUUAUGGUCCAGAAGUGUCAGAUAUAUCAGAUACGUUCCUGUCCUUAUUUCACCCUUUGGUGUAAAACACAUGCGGCAUUUUAAUAAUGUAAGCAAGAGGCUCACAUGGUUCCACUGUCUCAUUCCACACUCAUUCAGUGUCAGUGUUUCAACGAUAACUUAAUUUCAUAUAAAUAUAUGGAUUAUUAGAAAUCAGUUUGCAUUUGGUUGUCUUUUAAUAUGGUUGUGUUGAAUGUGUAUGAAGUAAUGUGCCAAAAGUUUGUCUGUGGAUAAAGUCACUCUUUCCAUAAAAUAAAAACAAAUAUGUAAAACA